AUGGCUGUUGCUAACGAGUGUGAUCGUCAGGCACAGAAGCUGGCGCUGAUCGAAGCUCUAAACGAACAUCGCGUCAACACAUUGAGUGAGCUUCGACGAAUUGAGCGCAUCUUCGCAACCCUAGGAUCAUCAGAUUUGACGCAACCCAUGACUUCAGCCUGGAUGUACUACGUCAACUCAAACAGCCUCCUCGCCGAAAUCAGAUCUCUCACCCGGCACUACCCCUUCAGCUCCGAAUGCCUAGACGAAGCAAAACGACGAGUGCAUCAAGAUCCGGCCUCGAACCGCUCCUGGAACUACUGCUGGCUGGUCCUAGCUAAAGUCCAUACGGAUCGAAUGAUUCCCACAUAUGCCCGCGCGCAGGCCUCGCAACCGGAGAUGUGGGGUGGUCGACAACCGCAGCCUGCUCAGGUGGAUCAACUGGCUGCUGCGUUUGUCAAGGAGUGGAACUCUGCGCUGGCGCAGUUACUGCGGUACUGGGAGACGCCGCCGACUACGAGAUCCCAUGCGUGA